AUGAAUUAUAUUGUGUUUAAUACUACAAUGAUUGCUGUAUUACCAAUGAAUACAUCAGAUUUAUUCCGUCAUCUAGUUCAUUCAUUAUUAGUUACACAUGCUGAAACAAAAUUAAAUACAUUAGGUCAUAUUUUUUCGUAUCCAUAUCAUGCUCCUAUUAAUCAAGGUGUUUGGUGUGCAAAUCUUCGUCGUCCUGCUCCUCCUUCUCAUCAUUAA